GCAGCGGCGCUCACAAUGAUCAUCAACCUUCUACAACCUGGAGAAUAACUUCUACACAACAUAAAGAUCUACAGAGGAUUCUAAUUACAAACCAUGGAUCCCUGCGACUGUGCCAAGAGUGGAACCUGCAGCUGUGGUGCAUCCUGCAAAUGCACAAACUGCAAGUGCACAACCUGCAAGAAAAGCUGCUGCUCCUGCUGUCCAUCUGGCUGCAGCAAGUGUGCCUCUGGAUGUGUAUGCAAAGGUGAUGCCUGUGGUUCUGGCUGCUGUCAGUGAGGAAUCAACAAUGUUGCAACCCAGGAUGUAAAUUAAUCUUUGUGUUGCCACUGUGGCAUAUAGCCUUGAAUUAUGUCAGCGCUAAUAAACUUGUGAUUUUGAUGCUGGUCAUAAUAAAACUUGCCAACUUUAAUAAAACAUGUUAAGUACUUGUA